AUGUCUGGCUUCGGCGACUUCACCAACAUCUGCCACAUGGCGCCACUGCCAUUGUGCGCAUCCAUCGGUCCCAUUACGGAGGUGACAAGCGGCGUCGGCAUUGAGCCGGACUGCUACGCGCGUAACAUUGAACUCGCGAACACCAUUAUUUUCGAGGGUGCUGCCAGCGCUAUGCACAUCGUCGCUCUCCUCAUGACCGUGGUUAUGAUUCUGCACAUUCGCGGCAAGUUUACUGCCGUCGGUCGCAAGGAAAUCCUCAUGUUCUUCUACCUGUACAUGCUCCUCAGUUUCAUCUCUCUCUGCCUCGACGCCGGCGUUGUGCCCCCAGGCUCAGCUCCGUAUCCGUAUUUUGUAUCAGUACAGAAUGGCUUAACGUCAGCUUUGGUUACGACUCUAUUGAUUAACGGCUUCGUUGGGUUCCAGCUCUACGAGGAUGGCACCCCGCUGUCGGUGUGGCUGCUCCGAGUUUGCUCCUUGGUAGCAUUCGCUAUCUGCUUCCUGGUUUCGCUCGCCACGUUCAAGGGUUGGGCAGGCCUCGGUCCCACCAACACCGUCGGUCUAUUCGUCGUCCUCUACCUCUUGAACGCCAUUGAGCUCUUCGUCUAUGUCACCCUCCAAAUUCUUCUUGUUGUUAGGACUCUGCAAGACCGAUGGCCAUUGGGUGAUAUCGCGUUCGGCGUCUUUUUCUUCGUCGUUGGUCAGGUCAUUUUGUACGCCGUAAGCACGCAGAUUUGUACCGGUGUCAGCCAUUAUCUUGAUGGGCUCUUCUUCGCCACUAUCUGCAACCUCCUGGGUGUCAUGAUGGUGUACAAGUACUGGGAUUCUAUUACUCGCGAGGACCUUGAGUUCUCGGUUGGCACUAGGAUGAACAACUGGGAAGUUAAAGAGUUGUUGCCUGAGGAAGACCGACGUGCGACGGUUUAUGCGGAUGAUCCGUACGGCCAAGCCAGCGGCUAUGAUCACACAUACGCUCCGUCCCCGGCGCGAAACUCAGUUAGAUACUGA